AUGGCCCCCACCAAGACUGCUGAGGAGGCGAUAUCCUCUCCGGCGGAGGGGGAUGAAGUGCUAAAUCCAAACGAAGUGUUUUGGGAUGGCGGCCAAGAUCCAUCCAAUCCCAGAAAUUGGAGCGCUGUGCGCCGAUGGUGCCACAUUGUUGUCGUCUCGCUAUUGACCUUCGUCACAUCGAUGGGCUCGUCGAUGCUGGCUCCUGCAGUACCAGAUGUGAUGAGAGCGCUUCACUCCGACAAUGCUGAGCUGCAAUCCUUUGUCGUAUCUAUAUAUGUCAUUGGCUUUGCCGUCGGCCCACUGGUGGUAGCGCCGCUGUCCGAGCUGUUCGGCCGCGCAAUCGUUUACCAUGUGUCGAACGUGGUGUUCCUCGGGGCGACCAUCGGGUGCGCUCUCAGCACCAAUGUAGGCAUGUUCCUUGCCUUUCGGUUACUCUGUGGCUGUGCUGGAGCCGCGCCUUUGGCUCUUGGGGGAGGUUCUAUCAGUGACAUUAUGGAACCGGAACGAAUGGGCACUGCGAUGGCUGUCUGGGGCUUGGGAUCAUUGGCACCACCGGUAGGGGAUCUCCCACGAAUAUCCUUUGGCGAGAUGCUCCCCGAUAAGACUGACCGUGGAUGA